AUGGCAUUGAGUGUAUUACGGAGUAGUGCAAUUGCGUAUCGCGUUGCCUUGCGACGUCCUGCGGUGACCGUCCCAGGAAGGGCGGUACGCGCGAUGGCGAGCGCGGAGGAGGCUGCUGCAAAAGCUGCAGCCCAUCUUGCCGACACGGAGCCACUUACUAUCUUCGACAAGAUCGUCUCUAAAGAAAUUCCCGCCAAUGUGAUCUAUGAGGACGACGAGGCACUGGCAUUUAGGGAUAUCAGCCCGCAGGCACCAGUCCAUUUUCUGGUAAUUCCAAAAAAGCGGUCCGGUCUUACGCGCCUAAGCAAGGCCACGGAGGGUCACAAGGCGCUGCUUGGUCAUCUUCUGUAUGUGGCGCAGCUGGUGGCCAUGAAGGAGAACUUGGGAGAAGGCUUCCGGGUUGUAAUUAAUGACGGGCCCAAUGGCUGUCAGUCUGUGUACCAUCUACAUCUCCACGUGAUGGGUGGUCGCCAGGUGUGUGUUUCGUCGGACAUUCUUUGUAACCUUUGGACUGUUGCG